AAGAGUCUUUCGACGCCAAGUGGCCUUCUUCCUCCUCGCCUCGGUGCCGGCCGCUCGCCGCCGCCGCCGCCGCGCAGGGAGCACGGAAGGAGCGAGUCCCAUCCCUCGCGCGUGAUCCAACGCCGCGCGGCGCCAUGGCUAUUCCGGCCGCCUCGUCAUCCUACUGCCCCUCGUCCCCCGCGACCUUUGCAGCGGCCACCUGGGCGCGCCCCCGGAGGGGACGGAGCCUGUGCCAAGUGGCAGCUGGCGGCCGCCAUGGCCCUACACCCGUCAACUGGAGGGAAACGGCGCUGCAGCCCCGACCAGCCGCCGUCGACAGGAGGAGGUGCGACUGCUUCGAUCUGCAUCAGCAGAUAGUUCCUUUUGCGGAGUCCCAGGCUUGGCAGGAGUCCAUUGUCGCGAGAAGGAAAGGGUUGGCAGGCAGAGGCGAGGAUCACUCGGACACCUUGAUUGCUUUGCAGCACCCACCUGUUUUCACACUGGGCAAUGGCACCACCGAGGAAUGCCUCCAUUUCGACAAGGAAAAUCCUCCCUGCGAUGUUCAUCGCGUUGACCGUGCUGGGAAAGCCACGUACCAUGGCCCCGGACAGCUUGUUAUGUACCCAAUCCUCAAUCUGUGUUAUCACGGAAAGUAUCUUGAUUUAUACCAAAGAUCACUUGAAGAAGUGAUCAUCCGUGCACUGCACUCUGCGUUCUCUAUCAAGGCAUCGAGGGUAGAUGGCCUCACUGGUGUUUGGGUUGGGGAUCAGAAAGUUGCAUCAAUAGGGAUUCAUGUGGUCUUCCCUCGAUAUAUAACUUGUCAGGGCGUCGCACUAAACGUCACAACUGACUUAUCCCCAUUUGAAAUGAUUGUUCCCUGUGGCAUAAAGGGCUGCUGCAUGGGGAGCAUUAAGGAGAUAUUACAAAAGGCAUCUGAUGGAAGAGGAAUUGAUGAAACAUCACUGAUGGAUCAAGCAUAUAAUUCUUUGAUCAAAGAGUUUGCUGAAGUCUUCAAACUCUCUCUAGACCACAGCCCUAAUUGGAGUCUUCAGCAGAGCAAUGAUUUCAACAAACUGAACAGUGUUUUAUUGGAUUUUUGUAGAAGCCAGAAAUCAGUACAAGUUGAUAGCAGAGACAAAAAUUACUUAUGAUAAGCAGAUAACAGAGGCAAACAUUAUUUUCUCAAAGUGUAAGCUCCUUCAAUCGAAUAGUGGCAAAACUAGUGAUCUCUUUGCAUUCAAUUCAAGCUUUUGCUUCACCUGCAAAACAAGCACAGGAGUCAGUCCAGCAAAUUGGUUAGCUGCUGGAUAUUGGACAGGCGAAAAAUUCAGCAAGGUAAUUGACCUUCUUUCGCGGUUGAUGUGGAUCCUUCUGCCUUUGUGUCGACGCCUGGCCAUGAUUUGCAGGUGCAGUGCUUCCCCUUCUCGAUACCGUCAUAGACGGAUGCGACAUGUUUGCCACAGCCAUUCCAGGUGAACUUGCCGCAUCUGCUGCACUCCACCUUGUAGCACAUCUUCGCUUGUUUCAGAUGUAGGACAAGGAGGCUGUUUCAGUUUCUGGAGAUGGUUUCUUCUGUAUCUUCAUCACUUCAGUAUUUAUAGCUUCACCACAUGUCCCUCUUGUUUCUUGUAAAAAUUAGUGCAGCUCAGGUCGGCUGCGUGCCUACCAUAGCGUUCCUCAAAAAAAAAAAUCAGUGUAAUUGGUGAAGGAAACAAAGUGCGGAUGUUGUUCUUCUUGCGUCAUUACUUUGUGGAUGAUAAAACUAAGGUCAUUCCCAUUUUCCCAAUGCGCAUCUUGGUAUA